AUGGCUUCGGUAAAAGUGGCUGUAAGGGUUCGCCCGUUCAACCAAAGGGAGAGAGACAUGAAUGCCAAACUUAUUGUGCAAAUGGAUGGCAAAAAGACAAGGCUUCUCACGGUAAAAAAUAGCAAAGAGCAGAAUGACGGCAGCCGGGAGAGGUACAAGGACUUCACGUUUGACCACUCCUAUUGGUCCUUCGACCACGGGGACAGCCAUUAUGCGUCGCAGGAACAGGUGUUCUCUGACCUCGGCGUGGACGUCAUCGACAGCGCCUUCGAGGGCUACAACGCAUGCGUCUUCGCGUAUGGCCAGACCGGCAGCGGGAAGACCUUCACCAUGAUGGGUUCACCGGAGUGCCAGGGGCUGAUCCCGCGCAUCUGCCGCCAGUUGUUCUCCCGCAUGGCGGCCGGCAAGGAGUCCGGCUCCUCGUACCGCACCGAAGUCAGCUACCUGGAGAUCUACAACGAGCGCGUGAAGGACCUACUCUCCGACGACGCCGGCCACUCGCUCCGGGUGAGGGAGCACCCGAAGCUGGGGCCCUACGUCCAGGACCUGUCGCGUCACCUCGUCUCCGACUAUGACGACAUCCAGGAGUGCAUGCAGCGCGGGAACCAGCAGCGCACCACCGCCUCGACGCAGAUGAACGACGUGUCGUCCCGCUCGCACGCUAUCUUCACUCUGACGUUCGUGCGCGCCGGGUACACGCGCCACAACAACAUGCCAUGCGAGACGCUCUCGAAGGUGCACCUCGUCGAUCUGGCGGGCAGCGAGCGCGCCGACGCGACCGGCGCCACUGGCCAGCGCCUGGUGGAGGGCGCGCACAUCAACAAGUCGCUGGUGACCCUCGGCUCCGUCAUCUCAGCGCUGGCGGAGUCCAGCCAGCAGGCGGACGCUCGAACGCCCAAAAGCAAGAAGAGCGUGUUCAUCCCGUACCGUGACUCCGUUCUCACGUGGCUGCUCAAGGACUCGCUGGGCGGCAACUCCAAGACCAUCAUGAUCGCAGCGAUAUCCCCCGCCGACUGCAACUACGGCGAGACGCUGUCGACGCUGCGCUACGCCAACCGCGCGAAGAACAUCAUCAACAAGCCCACCAUCAACGAGGACCCCAACGUCAAGCUCAUACGCGAGCUGCGCGACGAGAUCGACAAGCUGCGCGCCCAGAUCGCCCACAACACCAAUCCCGUGGAGGCGGAACCGGCCGUGCUGGCGACGCUGCAACGGAAGGAGGCCCAGGAGAAGGUGCUGACGGAGAAGUGGACGGAGAAGUGGCGCGAGACGCAGCAGAUCCUGCAGGAGCAGAAGGCGCUGGGCCUGAGGAAGAGCGGCCUCGGCGUGGUGCUCGACUCGGACAUGCCGCACCUGGUCGGCAUCGACGACAACCUGCUGUCCACCGGCGUCACUUUGUACCACCUCAAGGAGGGCGAGACGGUGAUCGGCAGCGAGGAGCUGAGCCCGACGCCGGACAUAGUGCUGAGCGGCGCGGGCGUGGAGCCGCUGCACUGCCGCGUGACGCUGCGCGACGGCGUGGCCACCGUGCUGCCCGCGGCCGGCGCGCACUGCUGGCUCAACACGGUGCUGCUCGACGGGCCCGCCAAGCUCAGCCAGGGCUGCAUCCUGCUGCUGGGGCGCACGAACAUGUUCCGCUACAACGACCCGGCGGAGGCGGCCAAGCUGCGGCGCGAGGGCAGCGCCUCGGCGAUGAACCUGUCGCGGCUCUCGCUGCUCUCCUGGUCCACCACCGACCUGGCCGCCAGCACCGAAAACCUCAACAACACGCUCUCAGACCUGGAGAGCGAGAUCAAGUGCGAGCGGAUCGAGGCUCAGCGCGCGGAGUUGGAGCGCGAGAGGCAGCAGUUCCUGCUGCAGCAGCAGGAGCGCCAGCGCCGCUGGCACGAGGAGAGGGAGCAGUUGCUGCAGGCGCAGAGGAAACUGGAUGAGGAGCGGUCGGCGAUGGAGCGCGAGUACGCGGCGGCGUGCCGGCGCCUGUCGGGCGACUGGCGCGCGCUGGAGCGCGGCUGGGCGCUGCGGCGCCGCGCGCUGCGCGCCCGCCAGCGCCACUUGGCCGCCGCGCUGCAGCGCCACGGCGCACACGAGAGCGCCGCGCGAGCACACAUAGAAAAAGAGGAGACUCUGAUAUCAAACCUCCGCGAACGGGUCGGCGCCAAGCGGCAAGAGUUGGAGACUUUGGUGGAGAGCAGCAUCAGGGAACUCUUCUCAAAAGGAUGCCGCCUUGACGAGAGCACAACCCCCAGUCCAGAUAGUCCGGCAUCGGAGACCUCCACGGAGAGCCUGAUGCAUCUCUUGCAGCAGUGCGAGCCCAACACGGCCACAAAUAUCAAGGAGACCGUAGACAGACACAAGCGCGAGCUGGAGGAGCUGGAGCAGGAGCUGCAGGGGCGCGUGGCGACGGUGGCCUCGCACCGCGCCAAGGUGGAGCGGCUGCAGGCCGAGCUGGCGGCGCUGGGGGCGCAGCGCCGGGGGCUGCGCAGGGCGCUCCGGGGCGCGCGCCCCGCCUCCGCCCACGCCGACAACGAGAACGACAGCGACACGCCGCCGCCGACUUUGGACGGCGUCAAGCGCAGCAAGUCGGAGCUGGUGCUGGGCCGUCCCAGGCGGGAAUCCCUCACCAGCCCCGACCCCCUGGAUCCGCUGGACCCGCUGGACCCGCUGUCGGCCGCCGAGCGCGAGCUCUUCAGGAGCAGGAAGAUCAGCCUCAGCCUGAGCCUGGACCCGCUGCCUUCGCCCGGCGCGACGCUGCCCAGCGACGAGAGCUUCCACACGGCGAGCGGCUCGCCCAAGGCGCCGCCCGGGGACUGCGCCCCCGCGGGGGCGGGCCCCUGCGCCUCCCCCGUCUCCCCCUCCGCCGCCCCCGCCGCCCCCGCCGCCCCGCGCCCCCAAUUCCGCCUCGGCCCGCCCCCGCCGCCAGACGACAGCGACGACAUGUCCAGCACCGAGGACUAUAACUGCAGGCCCCGCAUAGUGGAGGGCCAAUCGUCCAGUUCGGUGGAGCGCUCGCCGGAAGACCGCCACCAGAGGACCAAGUACAGGAAACGGGUCUCCGGCGACCGUGGCGGGCGGCGGCAGGUGACGGAGGCGGAGGCGUUGCGCGCGAUGCAGCGCCUCUGCUCCCGGAUCGCCUCGCAGAAGCUGCUGGUCAUCUCCUCGCUCGAGAACGACUGCUCCAAGGAGGAGCUCAACCGCCAGAUCGUGGUGCUGCAGGAGCUGCAGAAGAAGUACGUGCGCCUGGAGAUGGCGCUGCAGUACUCGUUCUUCGAGGGCCCGGCGAAUAGACGGCCCAUCAUGGUGACGCCCAUCCAGGAGACGCCGUCGCUGACGCUCUCCGAGAGCGACAUGCACGUGGCCACCGAGGGCGCCCCCGCCCCCGCCCCCUGCCCCGCGCCCUCCGCCGCGGCGCCCCCCCCGCCGCCCCCCGCCGCCCACCAGCCUUUCGAAGACCCGCUGCUGCACAGGCUGAAGGAGACGGAGGCGGAGGCGUCGGACAACGUGUCCACGUCGAACGACGAGCUGCCCUGCGAGCCCUGGCCCUCCGCCGCACACCAGCCGCUGGAGCUGCACGAUCACACAAUAGCACCGGGCCUCACGCAUCCCAUCAACUUCGCCGAGGUGGUGAGCAUCCCCGGGUGGGUGGUGCGGGGCGCCGGCGCGGGCACCCACCACGAGUACGAGGUGCGCGUGUGGCUGGGCCCGCACUGCCACUGGCAGCUGCUGCGCCGCUACCGCCGCUUCAGGGACCUCUACCUGGCCAUGCGCCGCCUCUACGGCCACAAGGUGGCGUCGAUCCCGUUCCCCGCGCGCGCGCUCUGGUCGUCGGAGACGCUGGCGCGCGCGCGCCGGCCGCAGCUGGAGCUGUUCCUGCGGCGGCUGCUGGCCUGCUGCGCGCAGGACCCGCGCUGCCCGCUGCACGGCGCGCCGCUCACGCGCGACAGCCUCGUCGCCUUCUCGCCCUUCUUCCGCAAGGGCGUGUUCGAGAGUGGCAAGUGUGGCACGGGA